GGGAGCCCGAGCCUGCAACCGCGGCCCUGCAAACGAUGACUUGCUACCGAGGCUUCCUGCUGGGCAGCUGUCGUCGCGUGGCGGGCGGCCGGGCGGCGGCGCUGCGGGGGCCGGGUGCUGGAGGCCCUGCCGCGCGGCCCCGGCUCGGCGGUGACGGCGGCGGCCAGCGGCACCUGGGGCAGGGGCAGCAGCGCGAGCUGGCGGGCUGUGGCAGCCGCCCCGACGGCGGCUUCCGCCCCUCCCGGGUGGUGGUGGUGGCCAAAACCACCCGGUACGAGUUCGAGCAGCAGCGGUACCGUUACGCGGAGCUCUCGGAGGAGGACCUGAAGCAGCUGAGGAAUGAGGGAAUUGAAGUUCGUCUAGUAAAGAGGAGAGACUAUGAUGAAGAGACUGUUCGAUGGGCAGAUGCUGUCAUAGCUGCAGGAGGUGAUGGCACGAUGCUUUUGGCAGCAAGUAAAGUCUUGGACAGACUUAAACCCGUUAUAGGGGUAAACACGGAUCCAGAACGGUCUGAGGGUCAUUUAUGUCUGCCUGUUCGAUACACACAUUCCUUCCCAGAAGCCUUACAGAAGUUCUAUCGUGGUGAGUUCAGGUGGUUAUGGAGGCAGCGAAUCAGGUUAUACCUUGAAGGGACUGGCAUAAAUCCUGUUCCUGUGGACCUUCAUGAACAGCAACUAAGUUUGAAUCAACAUAGCAGAGCCCUUAACAUUGAAAGAGUUCGUGAUGAAAGGUCUGAGGCUUCAGGACCACAACUUUUGCCAGUGAGAGCACUAAAUGAAGUCUUCAUUGGGGAGAGUCUAUCUUCCAGGGCUUCCUACUAUGAGAUUUCAGUUGAUGAUGGUCCAUGGGAAAAACAGAAGAGUUCAGGGCUCAAUUUGUGCACUGGAACAGGAUCAAAGGCCUGGUCAUUCAAUAUUAACAGGGUUGCAACUCAGGCUGUGGAAGAUGUUUUAAAUAUCGGUGAAAUUAACAAUCUUUUAUUGAAUGUGCUAAUAUUAUUUUUUUUCUUUAUAGUGACAAAUGAGUAUAACAAAUCACUGCUCUACAGUCCAGAAGAACCAAAAAUACUUUUCAGUAUUCGAGAACCAAUUGCAAACAGAGUUUUCUCAAGCAGUCGUCAACGUUGUUUCUCCUCAAAGGUUUGUGUUCGUUCUCGUUGUUGGGACGCAUGUAUGGUUGUGGAUGGAGGAACUUCUUUUGAGUUCAAUGAUGGAGCAAUUGCUUCAAUGAUGAUCAAUAAAGAAGAUGAGCUUCGAACUGUGCUUCUAGAACAGUGAAGGAUUUCCUCAUAUGACAAAUGUUGAUUACUGGAAAAAUAUUUUUAAAGUGGAAACAGUCAUAAAGCUACAUUUUUUGAUUAUUGUUGGACUGAUUGCUCCUGUGUUCAAAGGUGACAAAGAAAGUGAGAUUUGUCUUAUUUUGCUGUUAUAUUCAGAUAGAAAAGAGAAGUUACUAGGUGUGUAAGAAAAUGGAUGGACUAAACUGAUUAGAAUUGAUACCAGUGAAAUUUCUGUAUUGCUUGCAAUUGGUAACCAAGAGUGCUGAUAUCUUUUUAAAUUUAGAGAGGCAGGCUUAAAUAAAGGAUUAAAUGUUUAGGAUUUGAAAUUUAA